AUGUCCGUGCCAAGUCUGGAAGAUCUUUUGGCCGAAUUGGAUCGGCAAGAGGAGCUGGAUGCGAUUGAGGAACAACCUGAGGUCCCAGAUCGAGCCGAAGUUCAGGAAAAAAGCCAUCCGGAUCAGAUCCAACAGCCUGAACAGCAACAGCAACAGCAUGAACAGGAAGGAGGCAGUUCUGCUAGCGCUGCCGUGAGAACAAGGAGGGGCGGGCGCUUCUCCGAUUUGCUUGGCUCCAGUAGCGUCAAACCGUCAGCGGCUAUGCCGGCGAUGUCCCGCGACGAUGGCGAUGCCUCUACGCGCGACGAUGAGCGUAGCACAGGAACGGGCCAAGUGAUGCAGGAACAUCACAGCUCCAGCUCGGAGGAAGCCGAGGGCUUGUUACGGGUGACGGAGCUUCAGCAGCUGGACGAGGUAGAUCCUGAACGUCAACGUGCGCAGGUCGAAGCGGCUGCCUUUGAGGAACGGCAAAGGAAGGCGAAGGAAGAAGCGGAAGAACAGGCCAAAGAGGACGAGCGUCGCCGGGUGGAAGCCGCUCGAGAAGCGUGGGAACGCCAUCGCAUGGCCGCAGAAGAGGCAGAGGAAAGACGCUUACGCGCCAACCGUUAUGCCAGCGUCCUGGAAGAUAAGACCAGAAAGAUGCUGGAGAAACAGUCCUCAAAGAGAAAGAAGUUGAGGGAGGACGAGCGCAAACAGAAGCAGCAAGAGAAGGACAAGCGAAAGGAGGAGAAGAUGCGGAGUGAAGCUGCCAGGAUGUCAGAAAAGAUCCGAAAGAUGGCAGAGAACGGCUAUGCACUUGGACCUAGUGGUUGGGUAAGAAUGGACUGGCUGUCAAAUCCUGCCGAGAUUGGAGACCCAAAUUUCCAGGUGGUUCAGGGCCCAAAGUCCAAAGAAGAGGAGGACGAACCUGAUGAAGGAAGCGUCGUCAGUGAUGGUGACAACGAUCUGGAGGUGGUGGAUCAGCGGCCACAGCGUGAAGAAGAGAAAGCGCCAGAGGCAUGUCCCUUCGAGGAUGUCCUGGCGGAACUCGAUAAGAAGCAGAUGGAGAGCAUGGCCUCUGGGGCUCAAGCGGCAGAUCUGGAGACAGUGCUUGACAUAGUCGCAGCGGAUGAAGAACGAGAGAUGGCUGCUGCAGCUGCCGCAGAAGUGAGGCAAGGCUACGAGAAACUUGGAGAGGUCGAAGAAGAGGAGGAUGAUGUGCCCCAAGACGCCACCGAGACGGCCACCAAAGUCCUGCGCGUGGCACGGAAGCGGAGGCCUGAUGCCAAGUUUGGAGAAGCGAUUAAUGAAGAAAGUGCGCUGAAGCCCUUCAACGAUUUCAUGGAAGAAAAACAGGAAGGAUCCAACUCCUACGAGGAGCGGCAAGCGCGGUCAGCCGCCAUCCAGGCAAAGUUGCAGGCAGCACGAAACCGCAUGUCCAUUGUUCGCUACGAGCGGGGAAGCAACAACACUAAUAGCGCUCCGGCAGCGCGGGAGCAACGCAGUCAGAGCCGGGACCUUGGCGGCCGUGGGGACAACGUGCUCCAAAACCAAAGCCGAAGCCGCAACCAAGAGUGCCAGAGCGGCGUGACGUCGCAAACUUAUCAAGAGACGGCAAUUUGGGUCAUGGCUGAGGCAAAGGUGGCGACCUUGGGGAAAUGCACCAGACUGGUUAAACUGCAACUCACAGAGAAGAUAAUCCCAGGUGAGACCGAACUCUCCGGCCGGAUCUACAAGGACUGGCUGGUCCACCAUGAAAUAGAUGGCCGAGUUCCCCAACCCGUUUCUGAUCCUCCGGUUGGCUUGAGAAAUGUCAAAAACAUGUGCUUUUUGAAUGCGAUCCUGCAGUGCCUCUACCACACGCCUAUGCUUCGCAGAAAUUUAGCUUUGGCCUGUGAGAGUGCCUUAGUGAAGGACCGCUGGUUGAUCCAACUGCAGCAGCUCUUCGCCGAAAUGGACGCCUCGCGGGUCCGCAAGGAGUUGAUCACGGCCACAGAGAUGGCAGCGUUGAUCCGAGCCGCCUCCACCAACGGUGAAUUUAAAGAAGGAGAGCAGGCAGAUGCCCACGAGGCCUUCAUGCUGCUAGUGUCCAGGCUGCUGGAAGGUUGCAUCUCCUCCCGAGGACUCUCGCUCACAGAGAAGGAACAGAUAGAGCAGAGCAGUUUGAUCGGCCACAUUUUUGGUAUGAGCUUGAGCCAGUCUGUGAAAUGCAAGAGCUGUGGGGACCAGUCCGUGCGCAGUCGCUCCGAGUAUUGCUUUUGCGUCACCUGUCCAGUGGAAAGGGACCGGAGCAGCCUUGACGUGAAGGACUUGUUGACAAACUACACCCAAGAGGAGCAUAUCAACGAGUGGAAAUGCGACAAGUGUUCCAAAGCAGGCUGUGUGCGCCACGCAGGCAUCCGGGACCCCCCCAAUGUGUUGCUGGUCCACAUCAGCCGCCUACAACGAGGGCUGGGCCCCACAGUCACAUUUGAAAAGGAACUCACCGUCCAAUGUGAAAGUCAGAAAGGCCAGAAGACCAGGAAGAAGGUGAAGUAUAACCUCUUUGGAGUCAUUGUCUACCGUUCCAUGGGCUCCAAUGGUGGUCAUUACUUCGCCUUCGUCAAAACGGGCCGGGGACCAAAGGAACAAUGGUACCUGGCCGAUGACGACGAUACCCGCAGCGUGUGUUGGCCGGAGGUCUUACGUGAAGAGCCGUUCAUGCUGUUGUAUGAAGCCGUCACGGUGAUUCCGCCGCUGGUCACUGAUCCUGAGCAGCGGGUGUUUGAAGAGGAAAAGAUUCAGAAAGAAGUUCGCAAAAAGGCUGAGGCGGAGGCUGCAGCGCGAGAAAAAGCGAGGCUCAAGGUGAAGAAGGAAGAGGCGUUCGCCCUCUACCACCAACGACACCAGGCCGACAUCGAACGCUUGAGGCAAUCCGUCAUGAGCUGGAAUCCUGGCCAGAAGGCUGAUGCCAAACAAUUGGAGGAUCCUUCACCGCCUGGUACAGAACUCUCCUCCACCACUGCAGGAUCCGAGGGGCGAUGCUAUCGGCAUGAGGAUAAUGCCUGGUCGCCCCCUAGAGAAGUUGUGCGGAGGCGGAGUUGGCAGGAGGAUUUCAGCAAGUGGUCCCUAUUUCACUCGUGUCAGUGCAGCGUUCCAUCUGCUGAAUACUCCGAUGGCUUAGAAGACGAUGCCAUGCAUUGCGCAUAG